GGUUUUGUCAUAUCAGAUUGUAAUAGAUUUGAAGAACAUGUCAAGAAUCUAACUUUCGAAUCUUUUACAGAUAGACCGAAAAAACUGAUGGCUACAGGAAUAAUCCUAGGUUCCUGUCUUCUUGGAAUAAUUGUCUUUGCACUUUACCGCAUUCACCAUUCAUACAAAACAAAGAAAGAGGGCCAACGCAAGAUUGAAAAUUUUUUGGAGGAUUACAAAGCUCUCAAACCCUCGAGAUAUUCUUAUGCUGAUAUCAAGAGAAUAACAGAUCAGUUCAAGGACAAACUUGGAGAAGGGGCCUAUGGAACAGUUUUCAAAGGGAGACUUUCCAAUGAUGUUUUGGUCGCUGUUAAGGUCCUCAACAAUUUCAGAGCUACUGCGGAAGAGUUCAUUAAUGAAGUGGGAUCAAUGUGUAGAAUCCACCAUGUCAAUGUUACUCGCUUGAUUGGAUUUUGUGCAGAUGGAAAUAAAAGGGCUCUUGUUUAUGAGUACAUGCCAAACGCGUCCUUAGAGAAGUUCAUAUUUGUAGCCAGGAAUGAAGAUCGUUUCCUCAGUUGGGAGAAGCUUCAAGAUAUUGCUAUGGGAAUAGCCAAAGGAAUUGAGUAUCUGCACCAAGGUUGCGACCAACAAAUCCUUCAUUUUGAUAUCAAGCCUCACAAUAUCUUGCUAGACCAAAACUUCAAUCCAAAGAUCUCCGACUUUGGUCUAGCAAAGCUGUGUUCCAAGGAACAAAGUGCUGUUUCUAUGACAGCAGCCAGAGGAACAAUGGGAUAUAUUGCUCCUGAGGUACUGUCUAGGAACUUUGGAAAAGUGUCAUAUAAGUCAGAUGUUUAUAGUUUUGGAAUGCUAUUGCUGGAAAUGGUAGGAGGAAGAAAGAAUGUUGAUGUCACAGUGGAGAGUACGAGCCAAGUUUACUUCCCGGAAUGGGUGUACAAUUGCUUGGACAGAGGAGAAUUUGGGAUUAUAAUUGAAAGUGAGACUGUGCUCGAGCUGCCACGAAGGGUAAAGUUGUUUGUGAAGCGUAUAGAUUACAAAGCAGAGAGGAUUCAGUUAUAUGAUCCUCAGGGUUGCCUUCCCCUGCAACUUCCCAAUCUCAAUUUAUCUGCAUCUUCCUUCCAAUACUUGAGACUAACUUCCCUCCGGUUCAAUUCUGCCGAGCCAAAGUACAGUCUUUUCAAUUGUUCAAGGGAAGUAACUGUGGGUAUUAAUUAUGAUUUUUAUGAGAUACCUUGCUUAAGCGUCCCAGGCUUCCAAGUUCUAGCUUUUCCUCCCGAUUAUACAUCUGCUUUUAACUUGCUAAGUUACCGGGAACGUUACUCAACAGAUCGGAGACAGCGGUAUACGAAGAUAUGUUGUAUUACCAGACGGGGUGUUCAUUUGAGUUCGUCCCAACCAGAUUGUAGUAAAUGUGAAGAAGUAGGUAGCAAAUGCAAGCUGAAGAAUAAUAAUAAGACACAGGAUGACACAGAGUGUUAUGGUACCACCAAGAAUGACAGAGAUCAGUUUAAGGACAAACUAGGAGAAGGUGCUUAUGAAACUGUUUUCAAAGGAAGGCUUCCCAAUGAUGUUCUAGUUGCUGUUAAGGUUCUUAACAAUUUCAAAGCAACUAGAGAAGAGUUCAUUAAUGAAGUUGGAUCUAUGUGCAGAAUCCACCAUGUCAAUGUCACUCGCUUGAUUGGAUUUUGUGCAGAUGGAAAUAAAAGAGCUUUUGUUUACAAGUACAUGCUGAAUGAAUCAUUGGAGAAGUUUAUCUUUGCAACCAGCGACCAAACUCACUCCCUUAGUUGGGGGAAGCUUCAAGAUAUUGCAAUAGGAAUGGCCAAAGGAAUAGAGUCAGAUGUUUAUAAUUUUGCAAUGCUAUUGUUGGAAAUGGUAGGAGGGAGGAAGAAUAUUGACGUCACAGUGGAGAGUAUGAGCCAAGUUUAUUGCCCAGAGUGGUGGUACCCAAUAGACCGUCCAUCAAUGAAAUCUGUGGUUCAUAUGACGGAAGGUGAAGCUAACAGUUUGACAAUGCCACCAAAUCCCUUUGCCCAUGCAGAUGGAGCACAGAUAGGUGCCAACAUCCCUAGGAGACCAAUUAACAGAGAAUUAACAGUAAUCUCUGAGUUAGAAUGAUAGAAAUUCUUUUUAUUCUCCACUUUAAAAAAAAAAAUCUUAUCUAAAUAAUUGUACUACAGAAAAAAAAAAUUUAUAAUAAUUGUGCCAAAGAAUGAAAAUUGUAAUAGUUU